AUGGCGGCGGUGGUGGAAAAUGUAGUGAAGCUCCUCGGGGAGCAGUACUACAAAGAUGCCAUGGAGCAGUGCCACAAUUACAAUGCCCGUCUCUGUGCCGAGCGCAGCGUGCGCCUGCCCUUCUUGGACUCGCAGACCGGAGUCGCCCAGAGCAACUGUUACAUCUGGAUGGAGAGGCGCCACCGGGGUCCAGGAUUGGCCUCUGGACAGCUGUACUCCUACCCCGCCCGGCGCUGGCGGAAAAAGCGGCGAGCCCACCCUCCUGAGGACCCGAGGCUUUCUUUCCCGUCUAUCAAACCAGACACGGACCAGACCCUGAAGAAGGAGGGGCUGAUCUCUCAGGACGGCAGUAGUCUAGAGGCUCUGCUGCGCACUGACCCCCUGGAGAAGCGAGGUGCCCCAGACCCCCGAGUUGAUGACGACAGCCUGGGCGAGUUUCCUGUGACCAACAGUCGAGCACGGAAGCGGAUCCUAGAGCCGGACGACUUCCUGGACGACCUCGAUGACGAGGACUAUGAGGAAGACACUCCCAAGCGUCGGGGCAAAGGGAAAUCCAAGGGGAAAGGCGUUAGCAGUGCCCGUAAGAAACUGGACGCUUCCAUCCUAGAGGACCGAGACAAGCCCUACGCCUGUGACAUCUGUGGAAAACGUUACAAGAACCGACCAGGCCUCAGUUACCACUAUGCCCACUCCCACUUGGCUGAGGAGGAGGGCGAGGACAAGGAAGACUCUCAGCCGCCCACCCCCGUUUCCCAGCGGUCCGAGGAGCAGAAAUCCAAGAAGGGCCCCGAUGGACUGGCCCUGCCCAACAACUACUGCGACUUCUGCCUGGGGGACUCAAAGAUCAACAAGAAGACAGGGCAACCCGAAGAGCUGGUGUCCUGCUCCGACUGUGGCCGCUCAGGGCACCCGUCUUGCCUGCAGUUCACCCCCGUGAUGAUGGCAGCAGUGAAGACCUACCGCUGGCAGUGCAUCGAGUGCAAAUGCUGCAACAUCUGUGGCACCUCCGAGAAUGACGACCAGCUGCUCUUCUGUGACGACUGUGAUCGUGGCUACCACAUGUACUGUCUUACCCCGCCCAUGUCUGAGCCUCCUGAAGGAAGUUGGAGCUGCCACUUGUGUCUGGACCUGCUGAAGGAGAAAGCUUCCAUCUACCAGAACCAGAACUCCUCUUGA